AUGCUCUCGUAUUCGGCCGCAAGCUUCUCGUCCGAGGACCUCAAGAAGCUCGCGGAACAGCCUAUCCACCCGAACCCCACCUCCCUUUUCUCAGCAGACCAUGGCUCCCUGGGACUCGGCUAUAAAACGUUGGCCCCGGACUCGGACCCAGCAUGGGAAGCUAAUGAAGACGAGGGAGUUGACGACGAGUACGUCGGGCAUCCAACAUCCCGCGUUCCCCCAACCCUGCCGGCGUCCGGUGAUGCGCAAUGGGUCCACAACUACAUCCUGUGGUGGUGGUUCUCAACCAGCCGCACCACCCACCGCCCCUCCGCAAAAACGUACCUCGAGGAGCGAGACCAAGCUUACCCCCAUCGCGAGGCCGAGAACUCGGUUGCCAGGUCUCGCCACCUUGACGUGCUUUGUCAAGCGGACCCCUCUAAGUAUCGUCAAGAUGACCGAGGUGGUCCGCCGAUCAACCUUGACGCCGAGAUCAAAGUGGGUCGUGCCCUUAAGACCCUCCUCCUCACUCCGGCGCAAGCUGCGACCUACCUCGAGCUCGAGCGGAACGACACUCGUGCCGACCGCGAACCGGAGCCUUCGCACCCGCGCUGGUGGAUGAUGACGAAUCGGUUUCGCAAAACGUGA